GCAAAUCCUGCAACUUUGCAAGAAUUGUGUUUUGUUUACCAACCUGUUUUUACAAUGCCUCUUUCUCUUGAAUUUGAAGUGCUGCUUAGGGUGGUAUAGUACUCCAUGUGCCUGAUUUUAUACUUUUACUUCGAAGUUCAGUGUAACAGUAGACCUACUUAGACCUGUGUACAUUUUCUACCAUGUCAGAGCUACCACAGAAGUUGCUAAGUACAAUUGAAUGUAAACAAGGUGUUGUCAGGUGUGUUCGUUUCAAUGCUGAUGGUAACUAUUGCCUUUCAUGUGGUAGUGAUAAGUCUGUCAAGCUGUGGAAUCCUCAUCGUAACAUAUUGUUGAAGACUUACCAGGGACAUGGGUACGAUGUCCUGGAUGCAGUGUCAUCGUUUGACAACAGUUUGAUAGUCUCCUGUGGUGCUGACAAGAUUGCCAUUCUCUGGGAUGUUGCCACCGGUAAAACGCUCCGCAAAUUCCGUGGACACCUGGCAACUGUAAAUUGUGUCACGUUCAAUGAGGAAGCAUCUGUUGUGCUAUCAGGUUCAGUGGACUCAAGCACUCGUAUCUGGGAUUGUCGGUCCAAGAGCUUUGAUCCCAUCCAGGUAUUGAAUGAAGCCAAGGAUAGUGUGACAUCGGUGAAGACUUCAGACCAUGAACUGUUAACUGCAUCUGCGGAUGGCUACAUCAGAAGAUAUGAUUUACGUAACGGACAAAUGCAUAUGGAUUGCAUUGGAAAACCAGUGACCUGCGUUAGUUUUACUAAGGAUGGCCAGUGCAUGUUAGCGUCUAGCUUGGACGACACGCUGCGACUGCUGGACAAGGACAACGGUGAGCUCCUUGGAGAGUACACUGGACAUAAGAAUUCCGAGUUCAAAGUUGAAAGUUGUCUUAGUCAGACCGACAGUCAUGUUGUCAGUGGUUCUGAGGAUGGGCGCAUCUGUUUCUGGGAUCUUGUGGAGGGCACAAUGACAAGCACCAUAGCUGAUGCUGGUGAUGGUGUGGUUCAUUCCGUAACCUUUCACCCAACGGAAGCAUGUAUGCUGACCGCCGCUCAGAGUUCAUUCAAAGUAUGGAGGACUGAAGAUUAUGAGCCCGAAAAUGGAUGAUACAUAUUUUAUACAGCUCUUAGUUUUAUAUAUUUAAUAAAGUAUAAUAUAUAAUAUAAUGUGGAACAUUUUUCUAGCGUAAUAAAAAUGGCAAAAGCUCAAAGCAAGGAAAGGAACUGUAACGGAAACAGGAUGUAUAAAAUGGAAGUGGUUGGUGCCCUGGUUACAAUGCUGUUUGGGCUUUCAACUUUAAGAACAGGGCCGGGCCAGGAAUACCUGCUUGUCCCUCAAGUGUAUGUUUUGUCCCACAAACACAUGCGUUUACGUACCUUAAUGCUGUUGGAUUGUAGCAACAACAGCCCAGGGACAGAGCUUAGCGGGCAGGUUCAUUAGACCAUUGAGAAUAAUGUUGAGUAUUAACAAAAUUUAUUUAAGAUAUUGUUGCAGCACAUUCAUUUAAUUUGUAAUGUAUUUGUUUUACAAGGGGCCGUAGGUCUGGCAUUUGAAUAAAUUCCCUGUAUGGGGAGCAGGAAUGUUGAA